UUCACCGAUAGAGCGGAUGGAAGAAUUCCAAGAGGCUGAUGUAUUGUGGCCCGACCGCGAUCGAGACGGAGACGAGGAUACCGAGGAGUGGCACGCCGGACUCGGAGCUCACCGGAAGGCGUCCAGCCCCGUCAGGAUCCCUUCCAGGCCUCGAGCUGUUCGUUCUUGGACGCCGGGCUUCGCCUACGCUGCAAACUGUGACGACGACGACGACGAUAGUGAUGAUAACGAGGGCGGCAGGAAAAGCGAUACGAUUCCGCCACACCUCAUUGUGGCCCGGAGGGUUGCGGAUAAGAUGGCCUUCUCGAUGUGCGUCGGCAUCGGCAGGACGCUCAAGGGACGGGAUCUCAGCCAAGUCCGGAAUUCCAUCCUGCGGAUGACUGGAUUCCUGGAGAGAUGAUACAUGUCUGAUCAACAAGCUCUUUUUUCCUCCCUUCUCUGUGAUUACACCGAGCAGAGCUUGUUCUUCCUAGGAUUUGUUUAUUACUUCAAAAUUGUUUUGAUAUAUUAUAACCCUCAGAAAAAGCUAGAGAGAGAGUUGACUUUGA